AUGAAGGAAAAGAUGCACAUUCUUCUAUCCUUCACUUUUCUCACACUCUUUUGCCUCAGCACUAGCACUACUCAACAAUUCCAUAUUCCCAACAAUGCAGUCCUCACACAAGCUUCACACAUCAAGCAAAGACAGCUCUUGUAUUACAGAGACAAGUUUGGCUCAAGAAAUGAGCUUGCCUCAGUCCCACACUCCCUUGUUUUUGACAACCCAAGACUCAAGAAUGCCUACAUUGCCCUCCAUGCAUGGAAACUAGCCAUCAUUUCAGAUCCUCUGAAUUUCACAUCCAACUGGGUAGGAUCCAAUGUUUGCAACUACACCGGGGUGUUCUGCUCCAAAGCUCUUGAUGACCCUUCGAUCCAAACUGUUGCUGGCAUUGACCUAAAUCAUGCUGACAUUGCUGGGUACCUCCCUGAAGAGCUUGGCCUCCUUUCAGAUAUUGCAUUGUUUCAUAUCAACUCCAAUAGGUUUUGUGAUACGGUCCCAAAGAGUUUCAAAAAACUAAAGCUUCUGUUCGAGCUUGAUCUAAGUAACAAUCGCUUUGCGGGUAAAUUCCCUUAUGUUGUUCUUGGUUUGCCAAGCCUGAAGUAUCUCGACCUUCGAUUCAAUGAGUUCGAAGGUAAAGUCCCUAAAGCUCUCUUUGAAAAAGACCUUGAUGCCAUAUUCAUGAACCAUAACAGGUUUGCCUUUGAACUCCCUGAUACUUUUGGGAACUCACCGGUCUCCGUCGUGGUUCUUGCGCACAAUAGUUUCCAGGGGUGUGUACCUGCGAGUCUAGGCAACAUGUCAAAGACUUUGAACGAAGUGAUUCUUAUAAAUAGUGGGUUAAGGUCAUGUUUGCCUAAGGAAAUUGGGUUGCUGAAGAAUGUGACAGUGUUUGAUAUUAGCUACAAUAGUCUAGUGGGUGAAUUGCCUGAGACAAUGGGAGAAAUGGUGAGCUUGGAAGAGCUGAAUGUGUCUCAUAAUAUGCUCUCAGGGACUAUACCUGACAGUGUGUGUUCGCUUCCGAGUUUGCGUAAUUUUAGUUAUGAGUAUAAUUAUUUCACUGGUGAACCGCCUUUGUGUUUGGAUUUGGAGGGUUUUGAUGAUACAAGGAAUUGUUUGCGGGGUAGGCCAAAGCAGAGAUCAACAUUACAGUGUAAAAUGUUUUUGUCUAGGCAUGUCUUCAAUUGUAGUGCUUUUAAAUGUGAUCCAUUUGUUCCUUCUUUGCCUCCAACAUCACCAUCAUCGCCACCUCCAUCACCAAUUUACUCACCCCCACCUCCUCCUUCAAUGCCACCACCGUCACCACCGCUGCCUUCACCACCACCUCCUCCAAUAUACUAUGUUCGCUCUCCACCACCACCACCACCUUCACCUCCCGUGUAUUCUUCACCACCCCCUCCAUCAAAAUCACUGCCACCUCCGCCACCAAUUUACUCACCUCCACCUCCUUCACUGCCACUGCCAUCACCACCUCUGCUUUCACCACCAUCACCACCACCAUCUUCACCACCUCCUCCAAUAUAUUGUGUUCGCUCUCCACCACCACCACCUUCACCUCCCUUGUAUUCUUCCCCACCCCCUCCACCAAGUCCUUAUAAGUCACCACCACCACCACAUUCACCUACUCCGCCUCCACCUUAUUCUAACGCUUCUCCACCGCCCCCACCAAAUUCACCACCACAUUCAUCUUCAUGCAUAGAAACUCCACCACCUCCGUCUCCCCCACCAUGUGUGGAAUAUUGA